CGUCUGUCUCGCGCCGCGCAGCAUCUAUGGGGGCCGAGCCACACGGCUCUUGUGCUCAAAUCGGAACGUGUAGUGCCUACAACCAGAGGGGAGAUCUGGACACUUGUCAUUGAACUGAGAACCAGGACCCUCUACCAUCCACGCGUAUAGGCCGGGGUUUUAAUUUGUCAUUAUCAAUGUGUUUUCCUCAUGGAAGCAGAAGUGUUGAACCCCCAGAUGAUGGCCGACGUGAACGGGAACAGUAAAAUAGCGAACGCGGAGCUCGAAGUGAUAAAGCUGCAAGAAUUGGUGCGAAAAUUGGAGAAGCAAAACGAACAAUUGCGGACCAGGGCGAACGCUGUAAACAAUUGCACAAUCAGCGGGCCUCAUCUGAACACCUCCUUGUCCUGUCUACACGGCACCACAACGUGCUCCAGCGACCAUUUCUCUGUGGAUUACAGCGUUUUAAGUUCUACACAGUCGCAUCCGAGUGGCCUUGAUACCAACACCACGUUCCGCUUGGCGGAGGAGCCCUUCGCCUAUUUCCAGCCGAGCUCGGUGUCUCGUGAUGCUGCUGCCGAGGAGGGCGAUGCUGAGGCUGGACCCACGGUCCUGGAUGAGGUGGAGAUGCUGGAUCUCAACGCAGUGCUACCGGCUGGCGAUGCGGAUACCUGGCUAUACGUGAGUCCCCGGGGCCGGUUCCAGGGCGAGGCGGUGCUCAGUCCUCUCCAGUGGUGCAGGCAGGUCCUGGACCACCCGGGGCCCGAGGUGGAGCUGGCCAAGAUGACCCUCUGUCACAGACUGGACCAAGACGUGGGUCGCCGGCACGCGGCCGUCAGUCCCCAGUCCUCCAUGGACAGCGAGGUGGGGGCGUCGGAGCUGGAGGAAGACUCCAUCUCAAUGGGCUACAAACUACAGGACAUGACAGACGUGCAGGUCAUGGCUCGACUUCAGGAGGAGAGUCUCCGGCAGGACUACGCUUCUACCUCAGCCACAGUCAGCCGCCGCAGCUCCAGCUUCUCCAUCAACUCGCUCCGGCGCAGCGAGAUGGACCUGGAGGAGGAGGAUGAAGACGAGGACGAAGGCUACGACCAGCUGCCCCCUCCCCAGCCGCGGCUCUUCCGCACCAGCUCCAUGCAGCGGGGGGGCCUGCCCCACUCCCACACCUUCUCCAGCAUUAGGGACUGCAGACGCAGCCCCUCCAGCCCCCAGUUCCCCCUGGGGGGGCUCUCCCAGUACUCUGGGGCCCCCAGCCUGGCCGUGGACACCAGCAUGGGCUACAGGAGUAUCGCAGCAGAGAAGUUACGGAGAAGCAUGCCCAACCUGCUCAGAUCCCCCAGCAUGGCUAGUGUCCCCAGCAUUCCAAGCCUGCUGUCCCCUGUCAGCCCCUCACCUGGCCCCUCCUCCCUGCCAAUGAUGUCUUCCCUCCGGAACAGCCAGAGCUUUGACUCCUCUAGCGGCCUUGCACGACUCCAGUCAUCCAUCCCUUCUCCAGGCCAGCUCAUCCAGCGUGUACAGAGUGUGGGCAACUUCGCCAACAUGACAAGGCAGCCGCUGAAAGCCACCGCCUAUGUCAGCCCCACCGUCCACGGCGGGGCCUUGCCCAUCCAGCACCUCAAGCCCAGCAGCACCAACCCGGUGGCGCUGCCCCUGAAGGCAGCCACCCACCAGGCCUCCGCUGUGCCCCGCACCUCCCUACCUCGCCCGGCCUCCUUCGUAGGCACCAGCGGGAUAUUCCGCCCCAGCAAAAUCGCUCAGCCCACACGCAGUUUGCUGGCCCCUCCGAAGAGCAUGGCCGCCUUGAGCGCCCUGAGGGACGGGAGUUGGAAGGACGGCUGCUACUGA